CAUCUCGGGAAAAAGUGCUCUGUUGUUGCCAGAGGUUGUUGCUCUCUCAGUGUUGGUUUUACAGAUUUAUUUUUGUUUGGGAACUAGGGUUGGAAUUAAUAUUGUUUAAUUUAAGAUCACCAUGAAAUUAAUUUAUUCUUCUAAAUAGCUAUGGCUUAUCAAGAUCAAGAAAUAUUAAAAGAAUACUGCAACUCUAUUUCAAAACUUAAAAAGGAAUGUUUGAAUGAAGGUCUAACUGAAAGGGAAUUUCAAGAACUUUAUUUCAAAUCUCUGAAGUUCAUCAAUAUGCAGAAUAUCCCCACAGGCCGUCAACAAAAUAGAUUCUUUACUAAUCGUACAUUCCUACUUAUGGGAAUACUUAUUGUAACCUGUGUGGUGUACAACUACAAAAUACUAUACAGUGGAAUUGUAUGCAAUUUACAAGAAUAUAUUUACCCUGGUCUGAGGCUAUUGAGACGAAUAUCAAUUCCUUUUAUAUCUCUUUUUCCUUCCUUAACAGAAUAUUAUCAUGAAACAUGUCUUAUCCAAAAUCCAUUUUUUACUGUUGUGGACAUGGACUGCUGGCCUUGCAGUUCUGUCUCCAAUAUCAGGGAAGUCCAGAAUCCUAAGCCUGUAAGUCAACAACAAAAUGCACCAUUUAUUUAUCAGGCUGACCAAAUACCUAUGGGAAUAGACUCUAUUAAAAGUUUUUAUGAAAAAAAUAAAAAUGUUAUAGAUAAAGAACAGCCAAAAAUACUUACUAACAAUAUGAAGUAUGAGACUCCAGACGGCAUGUUAUCACAAUUACAGAAAGGAGAAAAGAAUUUGUAUAUAUGGAAAUUUAAUACAAUGAACACAGCAAGAGUGUUACGGCAAGUAAUUUCUAGACCCAAAGUGGUUCCCAAAUUUGGGCAAAGUACCGAGCGGUUUCUCAUAAUAGACACCAGACAAGAGUCAUUUCAGGUACCUGAUACAGAAUGCAGCUUCUCAUUUUUGCUGUUGCUAAAUGGCAGUAGGACAAUAAGUUUGGAGCCAGCAGCAGAGUGCAAACAUCAAUGCAAAUCUUUAAAGGUGGAUUUGAAAGAAUCUUAUUUAUUAUGGUAUAAUUGGUGGUACUGGAGACCAAAAGUCCAACCUUCAAAUGGGAACAUUACUAUGGUUGCACACAUUGGUUCAUAUUGCUGAUGUGUGAAAAGUCAAACAACUCUUGGAAUGUACAUAACACCAUUUUAUUUAGUUAUAAAUAAACUUUAUAUUAUAAUUUGCUAAAACACACCUAACAGAUUUUCAGUCAAACUUUUCUCUAAGCUGUUUCUUCAAUAAUACUGGCACUAAUGAGACCACUGCAAAUACAGUCAACACUAUAAUGGAUGUCCAUGACCAUGCGUCACUUGUGGAGGUCAGCGUAUGGAGGGUCUGACCAGCUUGAAUAGCUACAAAAGAUGGUGGAGCAACUCCUGAAAUUACAAUGGUACUUUAAACAAAAGAGAAACAAUAAUUUGACUUCCUAAUUCUUCAUAAAUGACAACUAGUCGUCAGACAAAUGUUUCAAAAUUUUUACACUAAAAAUAUAUUUAAAAAGUCAUGUCAAAUGCAAAUUAAUUUCAUAAAGUAAAGAGUUCUGGCUGUGCGUCAUUGCAAUAAGUGUAAAAUGUAUGCGUAUUUAUAAAGCUUUUACAUGUUAUAUUACACAAUUUUUUUACCUAUAAAUGUUCCCAAAGCAAAUGGCACUAAAGGGACGCCAAUCACAGGCGCCGUCAAAUUAAUGAACCAAUUUGGCAAAAACGGUGUCACUCUUAAAAAUAUAAUAUAAUUCAGCAAAUUAUUUUUGUGCCUUUUAACUGUGGCUGCCCAUUGUGCUGCCUGUGCAGGGUAGAAGCGUGCUAUCAAACGCUUGCCAAGGAGAUGCGACAAAAAGAAACAUAAACUUGCUCCAAUUGCUGAACAGCAACAAAUUAAGAGUAGAGCUAAAUAAAAUGGAAACAGAAAUCCUGAAAGGAUACUAAGAAAUAUAGAUCCAGGUAUUGCAAA